CUCCUCUUCUCCUCCGUUCUCUCUAUACUCUCUUACAGUCCUCAUCUGAAAUUCUGAACCUCUGCAUGCUGUACGUUAUAUCCUCUUUAAAUACAAGAAUACAAAUACAUAUACAGUGACACGAAGCAAAACACGUUGGCGACUUUGCUUUGUGAGUGGGCGUGCUCUCUCUCUCAUGCUCAAUAAAGUAGUGGAAAGUGUAGGAGAUGGGGGAAGUGGUUUUAUAGUGCAACUGAGAUUUUGUUAAAGUGCACGAGCCCGGUGAGACGAGCGUAUGAGAUUUCCAACCGUCGUUCACCAAGUCUCUCGUACCAUCAUAUCGUGUGUCGCAUGGCCAUUUGAAUUGAUCUUCCUACUACUUAGCACGUCCAACCAACUGUUGCUGCGUGAUCCUGUGACGACGCUGCUAGCUCGGCUGCUGCCCUGAUGUUGCAUGGACCAAAAAAAUAAUAAUACAUGUAUAUACAAUACCUACAUGCGUAGAGGGGAUUAAAUGCCCGACUCGACGACUCGUUUUUAUACCUGCAUGGUAAGGUGUACGGUGUUUAUAUAGUAAGUACAGAGAGAAUUUAAAUUGGAAAAUAUGAGCGAGGGUAGUGAGUACAAGUACAAGUGGACGCCGGAGAGCACGACCCUACUAGUGUCCGUCUGGACGGACAAACAGGUGCAAAAACAACUCGAGUACUCGAGUAAGCCGCAAUUGAUAUGGGAGAGCGUAGCUCGUUACAUGAACAAGAAAGGUUACGGCGUGACCGGCAAACAGUGCCGAUCGCGCAUGAAGCAAGUCCUCGUCUGCUACAAGGAGGCUAAAAAAUCCAGCACUAGAGCUGGAGUGGAACAGUAUUACGAGUCCAUCGACAAGGUGCUCAAAUUGAAGAGGCUCGAACAAAUUAACGCCAAUUGUAACAACAACAACGUUGGUAUCGACACUGUUGAUUCCGUUGUCAAUGUCAAGUCUCCUCCUAAGGAGGUCAAAACCAAUAAAAAUCUUCAGAUGCGUUUUAAGUAUCAACAGCCAGCUGAGUCUAUUUACAGAACGGAAGCUCUGUCACCUGUCUGGAGCAGAGGAUCUGAAAAUUAUCCAGAUUCUCCAGAAUCGAGUGAGACAGUAUUGGCUCAACCUUUUAGAGUCUUUUCUCCAGUUAGAGAUGCAGCCACAAACACAACUCAGCAGCAACUUGUCAACACUAACAAAAAAAUCUUACUACAUAAUGCUGUCAUAGAAGAGAUACCGAUCAAAGAGACCUACCGACAGAGUACUUAUUCCAAUAAUUACUUUAAUGACGUACCAUUCCAAAAUACGGUACAAAAUGUACAAAAUCAGAUCAUUCAAGAAAACAUGCAACAGAAUCAAGCAAUUUUACAACAAAACAUGCUGCAAAAUCAAGUACUGGAGCAAAAUCGUUUACAGAUGAAUGCCAAUGUAUUGAGACAAAAUAUUCAGAAUGCAAAUCAAGGACUGUACGCUGACCAAGGAGUAACGUACUGCUCGGGGCAAAUGGCCCAAAUAGGUCUAGGGCAGCAGAACGGCAUGAUUGAUAAUGCCCUGAGAAUACAGCAAAACAAUUGUCAAUUAAAUUCUGCUAAUAACAGAGCACAACCUCAAGAGCCCAAGAAAAAUUUCAGACAGAAUUUGGCUGCUAAUUAUCGACAGUUUCAAGAUGUCAACUUGCAAAAUUACAACCCGAAUUUGAAUCAAGUGGGAUUUUUGUCUCCAAGUAUUUCUCCCGACUUACCACCAAAUUUGAAUGACGCAUUUUACCAACAAAAACCUGACAAGGGCAACGUAAUGACCGAGCCAUAUGCACAAACUGCAUCCAAUCAGUUGAAUACAGCUAAUCAUGAUAUUACAACUAUAACAAAUAACGCGACAUUUAAUGAUGAUACCAUUUCCAUUGAGUUUUUGCAAGAUUCACCAUCACCAGAUGAAGAGCCAGUAAAACUGAAAGAUUUUGCUGUGAAUACGGAAGAAGUUCCCAGUGCUCCAUUUAGAAAAAAGAAGGCAGAGAAGUUGGAAAGACUGAUGAUGAAUGCAAUUAAUUCACAAACUGAAGUUGUCAAUAAGAUCCUGGCGGCACAGAACGACAUGGUUAGUCGCGUUCUCGAUCUGGACCGCGAUCGUCAGAAUCGGUUGGAAACGCGCAUCGAUCAUUUAUUAGACGUCGUCCAACACGCUGUACUUAAUAAAAGCGGUAACAGCGAUCAAAACUCGGCCGACAUACAACCACCUCCUUCAGAACCAGUGAUCACAAAUUUACUGCCUCCACCGAAACCCGGCACUCAGCCACCCAAACUCGAUCUUGUGCCACCUAAGCCUUGCCGUGUACCUUGCACGGCCUCAGUUGGCACUGGCCAACCAAUGAAUACUGUAACAAUGGCUGCAACAAGACCUGGCGUUGUUUCUCCAGUUAUGAGUCCAUCAAGACGCGUUGGUGCCAUUUGGCAAAAGCUGGGGCCCGUUUCUACCUCGCCCUUUGUACGCGCCCAGCAGCAGCUUGGUUGUAAGCCGAUAAACGCAGUGGGCAACGACGUGCGCACUCAAUCAUCCGCCGAACGGCGAAUCGUUAAAGGAUUUGACACAGGAAUGGACAUGAAGACUCUUAUUUUUGAAACAAACAACUUUCUCGAAUCCGAACGUCAUGUACAAGAGGUUGUAGAAAACGCACGUCUAAAGGCAUUAAUGAAUCAAGAUUUGCAGUCACGACGUCGGCUUUUUACGCAACGCGAGCCUAAUGCCGCGAUUAUCCUCACUGCUGCUUUUCUCGACGCUGAAAUUCAGUCGGCUGAAAUUUAUGAAAGCGCCCGACAGAAUUGGCUGCGCCAAAAACAAUUUGAAAGACAAGUUGAUGCUCGCGCAAGACUCGCUGAACGACGCUACGAAGACAACUUGAACAACAACGCUAAGCUCAACAAUAACGACGAGGAUGUUCUACUCUCUGGUCAGGGUGAUAGCUACGAGCGUUUGAAGCAGCUUAACGGCGGCCGUGACAAGCUACUGGGUGACUCGCGAGACUCGUCGACACCGGCCAAGCCGGUUUCAGUUCCGAGACGCGAUCUUGUCGAGACGAAUGAACCUAGGCAAACGAUACAACAACUGGCUCAGUUGGUUAUGAAUAGCGCGCGUUGGAGAAAUGCAGCUGGUGAAAAUCAUACGAUCCACCGCAAAGAUCUAAACUUGCGAACGGGCAUCGGAAAUGUUCAGAAGUCAUCAUGCCCUAAUUAUGAUCCAGUGACUUUGCGCAACAACCCUAAGGAAACCGAGUUAGAUAAUCGCGAGCAUUUUGCAAAUAAACAAGAAGUCGAUGGCAAAAUCAAAACUCUCGAGUGGUUGCAGGAGCGUUACUCAUACGGUGGGCAACCAACUUCUGAUACCUAUAAUGCAGUAGCCAAGGAUAUUGCUAGUCGACGCUCUUACAAUCAACCUCCAAAACCACCGCGCACAAUGGGUUUUACCACUGAACUUUUAUACGCUGAAAACAACAACGAUGUACCACGUCGGCAGCAAAUUCAAGGGGAUUUGGAAAAGCGCGUAGGCUUUGUAUUUGAUAAUGCACUGAACAAAGAUAACUUCACUCAUGAUUCAAACGAUCCUUUGGAGGAACUGCGCCACUUUUAUAUUCAAAAACAAAUGAAGCUACAACCCGGUCAGAGUCUUCCAUUUAUUUUGCAAAACGGUCAAGUAUUAUUACCUCAAAGCGACGUCAUUGAGCAUUAUGUGCAAGAGUCUAAGGCCAAAUUGAACAAAGAUACAGAUUCUGACAAUGACGAGGAGUUUUUAGAUACGACAAUGAGCAUGCAGAGCUCGCGCAAGAAUUCACUCACAAAUAUUGGCAGCAAACAGAAUUGCAUCAUCAGUUAAGACUUCAACUUAUUAAACGAUACUUAAAAAAAACUCGCAUGUGGUUGCUUACAAUGAAAUUUUUGUUAAUAUGAAUGAUU